UUUCCUCCCUCAGCCUCACUCGCCUGCCUCCGCCUGCCCCGUGCGGUGCCUCCUCGGCAGGCUGCCACUCGGAGCUGACUGUCCCCAGUGCGGGAAUCCUGUGUUCCUUCUUUGCCCAGAGCUCACCAUGUCGGCCAACGUCACCCUGAAGCCGCUCUGCCCGAUCCUGGAGCAGAUGAGCCACAUCCAAAGUCACAGCAACUCCAGCAUCCGCUACAUGGACCACGCCUCAGUGCUGCUGCACGGGCUGGCCUCGCUGCUGGGCCUGGCGGAGAACGGGCUCAUCCUCUUCGUGGUGGGCUGCCGCAUGCGCCAGACCGUGGUCACCACCUGGGUGCUGCACCUGGCACUGUCGGACCUGCUGGCCACCGCCACCCUGCCCUUCUUCACUUACUUCCUGGCCGUGGGCCACUCGUGGGAGCUGGGCACCACCUUCUGCAAGCUGCACUCCUCCAUCUUCUUCCUCAACAUGUUCGCCAGCGGCUUCCUGCUGAGCGCCAUCAGCCUGGACCGCUGCCUGCAGGUGGUGCGGCCCGUGUGGGCGCAGAACCACCGCACGGUGGCCGCGGCCCACAGGGUCUGCCUGGGGCUCUGGGCCCUGGCCGUGCUCAACACCGUGCCCUACUACGUGUUCCGGGACACCAUCCAGCGGCUCGACGGCCGCAUCAUGUGCUACUACAACGUGCUGCUCCUGAGCCCCGGGCCCGACCGCGACGCCACGUGCAACUCGCGCCAGGCGGCCCUGGCCAUCAGCAAGUUCCUGCUGGCCUUCGUCGUGCCGCUGGCCAUCAUCGCCUCGAGCCACGCGGUCGUGAGCGCGCAGCUGCACCACCGCGGCCGCCGGCGGCCCAGCCGCUUCGUGCGCCUGGUGGCGGCCGUGGUGGUGGCCUUCGCGCUCUGCUGGGGGCCCUACCACGUGUUCAGCCUGCUGGAGGCGCGCGCACACGCCGAGCCCGCGCUGCGGCCGCUCGUGUGGCGCGGCCUGCCCUUCGUCACCAGCCUGGCCUUCAUCAACAGCGUGGUGAACCCGCUGCUCUACGUGCUCACGUGCCCCGACGUGCUGCACAAGCUGCGGCGCUCGCUGCGGAGCGUGCUGGAGAGCGUGCUGCUGGACGACAGCGAGCUGGGCGGCCCGGGCAGCCGCCGCCGCCGCCCGCCUGUCUGCCGCCGCACCUACCGCUCGGGCGGGGACGGCAUGUGGCAGGCGCUGACGCUGCUUUUCUCGCUGCUGCCCUGCGCGCUCGUGCAGCUCACGCUCCUCUUCGUGCACCGCGACUUCAGCCGCGACCGCCCGCUCGUGCUGCUGCUGCACCUGCUGCAACUCGGGCCGCUCUUCAGGAAGCCGGGGGCCGGCGCCGUCCAUGAGCCCCGGUGGAAGACGUGUGGGAGUGGGGCGCGUGCCCGCAGCGGGGACCCAGAGGCCUGA